CUGCGUUUCCAUUCGUACUCGUAAUUUCUGGUUAAACCAAUUUCGACAAAAUAAAAGUUUAUAUUUAAAAUUAGAAAUUAUGUGUUUCAGAAUAAUCGGAUCUGCGUUAUGCUGCUGCCUUCAGUUGGGGACAAAACUGUUGAUGUGUAUCAUCUGUUCCUCACUUGGGAUUCUGCUUAUAGGCGGUCUGAUCAUUUACUUUGUUUUCUUCCACAACAAGUCGGAGAAGACAACAAAGGCGGAUGCGACUACUGUUGCGAUAACGACAGUCUCUGUGGCAGUUAGAGCCAUGGCCAAACAAUUGUAUAACCAUCAUUUAAAGCAACAUUUAUUUGGAGGUGAUGUGGACAAAGAGAAGGACUCUGAAGAUAUUGAUAAAGCUGAGUGAUCUACGCCCAACCUAAGCUAUAACUUAACAUAUUCAAUACAAAAUUAUCCGCGACUUUCCACUCAUUUUUACAUUUGAAAUCUAUUCUACAUCAAAUAUUGUUCGAAUUGCUCUCAAAUGUGGCCCUUGUGGAAACUGAUCAGAUGUGCCUUACGAUUUGUUGUCUUUGCGGCACUGAUAUUCAUUAUAUACGAUACCCUUUCGGUAAUUAAAUAUUGCAUCGGAGUUCUUAGCAGAGAAAGAUGAGAGGCUCUACCACUAAAUGUAAUCAUAGUAGAAUCCUAUGCGGUGCCCUAUUAAAUUUGAUUGAUUUACCCAAAUGCGUCGCCAUAUUUUGUGUGUCUCU